GACAGGGCAGAGAAAAUCCUCAAGAAGGUAACCAUCGGAGACAGCCUUACACUGGAGGAGACGAGGAGGGUGGCGAAUUUGGUACGUGCGAAACAUCAAGCUUUCGCGCUGGACCUGAGCGAAGUCGAAGCCUGCCCGCAUACGUCGCACUCCCUCGCGGUGGAUCCAACCAAAAAGCUGACUCGCAAGCCAUUCGGAAGGCCGUUAACUGAGCCGGAAGUAGUCGCAGCGAAGAAACAAGUCGAGAAACUACUGGCGGCCGGAGUGAUCGAAAGAUGUCGCCCGGACGAAGUACUUUGUUGCGCGCCGAUCGUGAUGGCACCGAAA